AUGCAUAAUCAAAGGCUUAACCAGCGGAAGCAUAAAGCUUCUGCAAUGAACGAUAACGAUACCGAUGAGGAAAAGAAUGAUUUGAAAAACCAAUUUGUUUUCAAUAUCAAUAAGGACUUGAUAAUUGAUCCUCGUCAUAUUCACGUUCGUAAGCUAAUCGCUGAAGGGCCUUAUUCUCUCGUCUAUGCUGGAGAAUAUCAAUCCAGACAUGUUGCCAUGAAGAUAAUACAACCAAUGAAAGUGUCAGACGUAAUUUUUGAGCAUAAGGUGAAAUUUCAAAGGGAGGUUAUGCUGCAAUCCAAGUUGAACCAUGAAAAUAUUGUGAAGUUAAUUGGUGCCUCUGUGGAACCAACAAUGUUCUUAGUUACUGAACUUAUGAGAGGCGAUACACUCCAAAAGCAUUUGUUGAGCACCCGCCCAAAGCCUUUAGAUCUGAAACUUUGUAUAAGCUUUGCACUUGAUAUUUCUCGAGCUAUGGAGUACUUGCAUGAAAAUGGCAUCAUCCAUCGAGACUUGAAGCCUAGCAAUUUACUCCUCACAGAUGAUAAAAAACGAGUUAAAGUGUCUGACUUUGGGCUAGCUAAAGAGGAAAUAACAAAUGAAAUGACUUGUGAAGCUGGCACUUACAAGUGGAUGGCUCCUGAGAUAUUCAGCAAAGCAGCCCUGCAAAUUGGAAUGAAGAAACAUUAUGACCAUAAGGUGGAUGUGUAUAGUUUCUCAAUUGUUCUUUGGGAGCUGCUCACCAAUAAAGCUCCAUUCAAGGGAAGGGACAACAUGAUUGUGGCCUAUGCUGCUGCAGCCAAUAAUGAAAGACCUAGCUUGGAGAAUAUUCCAGCUGAAUUAGCCACUCUCUUGAAGUCCUGUUGGUCAGAAGACCCAGCUCUCCGACCAGAAUUCCUGGAAAUCACAAAAUAUUUAAAAGACUUUCUCUAUAGCACUUGGCCUGCAGAGAUGAAAGCUCCCGAAGUAAUGGAGAUUGAAGAUGUCGAAAACAAAAAGGGAGAAGAUUACAGGGGCAGUGGUCGUGUGAAAAAGAAAUCUGAUAAGAGAGCCAAGAAGAAUAAGAGCUCUUCUCUUAAUUUCCGCGUAAUUUGGGAGCCGUAUACUGAUGCCCUGAUUCAAUCGCUAGCCGAAUAUUGUCGCCAAGGACGAGUAAUUUGGAGGGCUGUUGUCCCACUAAUCUACUUUCAUAUUGUAGAAUGGCGUCAGCCGGAUCGGGUCAUGCAACAGUUUGGUAUGCAGCAGCAUAUUCCUGCUAAACCUCAAGAGUCUGCUGCACUCCAUGAUGUUGAUUUGCGGAAGAGCGACACAAAUUGGGCAGAAGUGCACUCUCACUAG